AUGGACUCGAGCUAUACUACCGCAGGUGCGGCUGCACCUGCACAGAAUGGCACAAACACCACCAGCCACACGGGUCAAGAGCCCAUUGCCAUUGUUUCUGUGGCCUGCCGUCUCCCUGGCCACUGUAUGAACCCGCAACAACUAUGGGAGUUUCUCAUCAACGGAGGUGUUGCUACUUCCAACUCGCCUCCCGAGUCGAGAUUCAACAUCAAGGGUCACUUCGAUGGCUCCCGCAAGACUCACACUAUGAUAUCCCCUGGAGGCAUGUUCAUUGAGGACAUUGACCUACAGGCUUUUGACGCCCAAUUCUUCAACGUCAAUAGAGCAGACGCAAUUGCUAUGGAGCCGCAACAGCGCCAGAUUCUCGAGGUUGUUUAUGAAUGCCUCGAGAACGGAGGUGUCCCAUUGGAGAGUCUGACAGGCAAGGAGGUUGGCUGCUUUGUGGCCAGUUACGCUGUCGACUUUGGCGACAUUCAAGCCCGGGAUCCCGAAGACAGAGCAGGGGGCAUCUCGAUGGGUAUUGGUCGUUCUAUUUUGAGUAACCGAAUCAGUCACUUUUUGAACAUCAAAGGUCCUAGCAUGACCAUUGAUACGGCUUGCUCUGGUGGCCUGGUCUCGCUCGAUGUUGCUUGCAAAUACCUGCAGGCAGGGUUGAUGGACGGAGCACUCGUGGCAAGCGCCAACAUCAACAUGGAUCCUGAACACACAAUUGAAUCAGGAUCCUUGCGAGGAACCAUCUCUGAGUCCGGAAAAUGCCACACCUUUGAUAAUAAGGCCGAUGGUUAUGUCAAAUCUGAAGCUGUCAACUGCGUCUACAUCAAGAGAUUGAGAGACGCAAUUCGCGACGGAGACCCAAUCCGAGCAGUUAUUCGUGGGACCUCGUCCAACAGCGACGGCCGCACUCCUGGUAUUGCUAGUCCCAGCUCUGAAGCACAGGCAGCAGCAGCUAUGGCGGCAUAUGAGCGUGCUGGGAUUACAGAUCUCAGCAGGACAGGAUACCUCGAGUGCCAUGGUACAGGUACCCCUGCAGGCGAUCCCAUUGAGACAACUGGAGCCAGCAUGGUGUUCAAGGCCUCACACCCCGCCGACGACCCCCUGAUUGUAGGGUCUAUCAAAAGCAAUAUUGGCCACUCAGAGAAUGCCGCAGGAAUUUCAUCCCUUCUCAAAGCCACCCUUGCUGUAGAGAGCGGUAUUAUUCCCGGAAACCCAACCUUCAUCACCCCCAACCCCAAGAUCGAUUUUGCGAAGCUGCACCUGCGCCCUUCAAGGGUGGCCGUCAACUGGCCAAAGAGCAAGAAUGACUACCGUCGAGCAAGUGUCAACUCGUUUGGUUUUGGUGGCACCAACGCCCACGCAAUUGUUGAGGCGUCGGAGCACUAUCUGCGGGAACAGAAGAUUCAGCAACACGUCCAGUACCUCAGCACCUAUUCUGAGGAGAGUGAUGAUUUCUUUGACGAUGAUGAUGAUGAAGUUGACGAGUCGGCUGGCGGUGUUCCUAGGCCUCAAGUUGUCGUUUUCUCUGCCAAUAACCUCGACUCCCUCAAGUUGUACCUGAAGAAGCUACGGACGCACCUCCUCAAUCCUCGAGUUAGCAUCAAGCUCUCGGACCUCACAUACACACUUUCAGAGCGCCGAACCCGCCUCUAUCACCGUGGUUUUGCUGUUAUUACCAAAGGCCCAGAUGCCAAGGUGGAUGGCAUCUCUGCUGAUUCUGUCAUCUUUGGCAAGCAAGCAGCGGAUCCACCCAAGAUUGGUUUCGUUUUCACCGGCCAGGGAGCGCAAUGGCCUCAGAUGGGCCGUGAUCUGUUGACUGCUUUCCCCGAAACUGCUGGCGCAAUUAUCAAACGACUUGAUGUCGCCCUUCAGGAUCUUUCUCCUGAAGUCAGACCGGCUUGGUCAAUUUACUCUGAGCUUACUGAGUCCCGAACAUCGGACCACAUGCGUCUGCCAGAGUUCUCUCAGCCUUUGGUCACGGCACUUCAACUCGCCCUCUUCGAGGUUUUGAAGAUGUGGGGUGUAUCCCCCCGAGCUGUUGUGGGUCACUCCUCAGGCGAGAUUGCAGCCGCUUGUACGGCUGGCCUCCUUACUCCCGAGCAAGCCAUCAAGAUUGCCUAUCUGCGUGGCUAUGCUGGCAAGGCAGCCACGGGCACUUCUGAAGCCCUUAGCAUGAUGGCUGUGGGCAUGGGCCCUGAGAAGGCCCAACCCUACCUUGAUGCCGUCAAUGUGAGCGGAGAGAAGCCCGUAGUUGAGAUUGCGUGCUACAACAGUCCUUCCAGCAUUACUCUUGCUGGUACUGUUGAUUCUCUCAACGUUGUGCGUGAGGCUAUCCAAGCGGAUGGACAUUUUGCGCGCUUGCUGCAAGUCAACCUAGCCUACCACUCGCGAUACAUGGGAACCAUCAGUGAGGCUUACGAGAAGCUGUUGGUCGAGAACAAGUGUCUCGAGGGCUCCCCCAAGUCUUCUGGAUCCGUCAAGAUGUUCUCAUCCGUACUCCGAGAGAAGCUUUCCCGUGAGGCAGAGACUGGCGUUGAUUACUGGAAGGCCAACAUGGUUUCUCCCGUUCGAUUUGCUGAUGCCUGUCUGGAGCUGAUGAAGGAUCAGGAGGAUGGAGCUGACUUCUUGAUUGAACUUGGCCCUAGCAAUGCACUGGCUGGCCCAGUUGGCCAGAUUAAGAAGACUCUGCCGAAUGAUGGUACCAACAUCAUGUACGCUUCUGCUACCAAGCGCGGAGCUGAGACUCUUCAGGCUCUCUACUCGGUUGCUGGUCAACUCUUCAUUGCCGGUGCGGACAUCCCCCUUACGAAGGUGAACGGUGUCGAGGGCGUCUCCCCAACGAAGCCUUCUAUCCUGAUUGAUCUCCCUAACUAUGCCUGGAACCACACCACCAAGUACUGGCAUGAAAGCGAAAUCAGCAAAGAAUGGCGCUUCCGCAGGUUCUUGCACCACGAUCUCCUCGGAAGCAAGGUUUUGGGAACCUCCUGGAACGCCCCCUCAUGGAAGAAGCCUCUCAAGCUUUCCGACUUUCCUUGGCUCAGCGAACACAAGAUGGGCACGGAUGUUGUCUUCCCUGGAGCGGGUUACAUCGCCAUGGCUAUUGAAGCUGUUCAUCAAACCACCCUUUCUCUUGCGACUGAUGAUGAAGCGAAAGAGCUGGACGCCGAGUCCUAUCACUACCAGCUUCGAGACGUCAAGUUCUCCAAGGCACUUGUGCUGGAUGACACGGUUGACGCUGCGGUCAUGCUCAAUCUGACCCCUACCCAGGGUCUUAAGUCCAGGUGGUACAAAUACGAAGUCAUCUCGACUGUAGGCGGCGAAGCCCUUACCACCACUAGCCACAGCACAGGAUUUGUUCGACUCAAUAAGGGACUUUUCAAGAACCCUCCAGCGGACCCUGAGAGCUUGAUGCUUCCCUUGAAGCACACCGCCCCUGCUAAGCUGUGGUACGGCUCUAUGGCGGAUGCUGGGUAUGGAUUUGGUCCAUCUUUCCAGAAGCAAGUCGAAGUGGAGGUUACCUUGGGCCAGCCGAAGAGUCGAUCAUUGGUCAACUUGACAUCGCCUUCCUCCAAGUGGAAGCAGUCGUACUACCCUCUCCACCCGGUAGUCAUGGAUGGCUGCUUCCAGACUGUGUCACCAUCUCUGUGGCACGGAGACCGCAGCGCCGUCGAUUCCCUUCUGAUCCCGGCCAGCGUGGAUAGUCUGUGCAUCUCUGCAUUCCCAGAGGGUCAGCUCCCCGAGGUUGGCCUCUCAAUCUCUUCCGCCAAGUACCUCGGCCGAGGACGCCUCGAAGAUAAGAUCCAUUACUCUUCCUACGCUUCCGUGUACAACCCCACGACCGGUGAUGCUAUUUUCGAUAUGAAGGGCCUACGAUAUCACCGUCUUGAGACGCAGAAUGCUUCUUCAGAGCCUUAUCCUUACACCCGCUUGGAGUGGAAGCCUGAUUUUAGCUACCUGCGUGAAGCUGGUAAACUUAGCACUGCUAUUGAGGCCAGAAAAAUCAAACAGAGCUCCUCUGUUCACAGUGUUAUUGAUUUUGCUGCUCACAAGAAGCCUCAUCUUGCCGUGUUGGAGGUCAACCUGACCCCCAACGAUACUUCCAGCUUGUGGCUUGAGAAGCCCGGGUCGAAGCACGCGACCCGUGCGGCCUGCAGAGCCUACCAACUGAUUAGCAAGUACCCCGAUGCUGUCCUUGAAGCUGAGAAUCAGUAUGCUGGGUCUGCUAAUGCCAAGUUCACUCUCCUCGACCCCACCUCAGUGGACUUUGAGCCAUCACCUGAGGUGUAUGAUCUCGUUAUCGUGAAGCUGCCUCCCACCCCUAGUGCCAAGGUUGACAUUCUCAUUGCAAACAUCGAUAAGCAUGUUGCAGAGAGUGGAAGUAUGCUGUUCAUCCAAGGUUCAGAGAACUUUGAGACUCAAUUGAAUGGCGAAGUCAAUGGCGAUGCCAAGGAACUCACUAACGGCGAGGUCGAAACAACCACCGCCCACGUGAACGGAGAGACCAAUGGAGAGACCAACGGAAAUCACGUUGAAGAAACCACUGUCGAUAUCUCAGUUUCUCUUGAAAAGUCCGGCUUCAAGAGCAUUCGGACUAUCCCCAGUGAGGGCAAGGAUGUCGCAGUUGUCGCUUCCAAGUCUGCAUUAGAGGAUGCUCAGCGAGGUGCAAUUGCCCUGGUUCGUCUUUCUGAAACCUCGGAAAUUACCUCUCUUGCGGCCAAGUCUCUGAGUGAGCUUGGCUGGUCUCUCACGGAGCAUGCCUCUUCCGUCGAGGCUGUUCAGCACAAGAGCACUGUCCUCGUUAUUGAUGAGCUGGCCCAGCCUCUUCUGACAACUGUCACGGAUUCCCAGUGGAGUACGGUUAAAGAGCUUGUCCGAAAGGAGUGCAACAUUCUCUGGGUGACCCAAGGCGCCCAGAUGGCUGUCAAGAACCCUCAGGCUUCGGUCGCACAGGGCGUGUUCAGAAGUGUUCGGUCCGAGGAGCCUCUCCUCAACAUCAUUACUCUCGAUGUAGAAUCCAGUGAAGCUGAAGGGCUCCCCAACACGGUUGCGGCGGUCGACACCCUCCUUCAGUUGGCUCAGAAUAAGCCUAACCAGGAGAGCAAUGACUUUGAGUUCGUCGAGCGUGGUGGUAUUCUCUACAUCCCUCGAAUUCUCCCUGACGAAGGUCUCCAUUCGGCCCAAGUUGAAGGCGACAGAGCGUCUACUCGCACUGUUGAUCUUCACGCUUCCAAGUCCACUAUUCGACUCAUUACUGGAAAGCGUGGUGACAUCGACUCACUGCAUUGGACAGAGAUUGGCUCUAGCGAGGCUACAGAACUCGAGCCUGGCUUCCUGGAGGUAGAGAUUUAUGCUUCCAGUCUCAACUUCAAGGAUGUCAUCGUGGCUAUGGGUAUCAUUCCCGAGAAUGAGCACCUCCUUGGUCUUGACGGUGCCGGUAUCGUCACCCGAGUCGGUCCUGGUGUCACUGAUAGACACGUUGGCCAGCGUGUUGCUGUCCUGGAGAGGGGUACGCUUGCAAACCGUGUCAUCACUCCUCGAGAGUACACCAUGACUAUCCCGGAUAGCAUGUCCUUUGAAGAAGGUGCCACCAUGCCUCUGGUGUUUGUCACCAGUAUGGAGUCGCUAUUUGGUCUUGCAAACCUCCGACGUGGACAGAAGGUUCUGAUCCACUCUGCCGCUGGUGGAAUUGGUAUCUCAAGCAUCCAGCUGUGCAAGUACAAGGAGUGCGAGGUUUUCGCAACUGUUGGAUCUGAGGACAAGCGCCAGUUCCUCAAGGACUCUUUCGGAAUCCCCGAUGACCACAUCUUCUCGUCGAGAAGCACCAAGUUUGCCAAGCAGAUUCUAGACGCAACCAACGGCUAUGGUGUUGAUGUUAUUCUCAACUCCCUCACCGGAGAGCUUCUGGAGGAAAGCUGGCGCAUUAUUGCGACUGCUGGCACGAUGGUUGAGAUUGGCAAGCACGACAUCCUCGAACGCCGCUCUCUGCCGAUGGAGCCUUUCGGCCGAAAUGCCUCGUUCCGCGCCCUGGAUCUCUCGUUGAAGGAAUUCCCCAAGAGAGUUGUUGGAGAGCAUCUGGAUCUUCUGUCUGAGCUCGUCCAGCAAGGCCACAUGAAACCCAUCAACCCCAUCAAGGUCUUCUCAUUUGAGGAGAUUGGAGAUGCAUUCCGAUUCCUCGGAAGUGGAAAACACAUCGGAAAGCUGAUCAUCUCGAACGGGGAGAAGGAGGCGGCCCAAGUCACGGUCCAACCCCCCAAGCGUAGUCUUGAGAAGGCUUUGAACCCAGAACACUCGUACCUCGUCGUCGGAGGUCUAAAGGGCCUCUGCGGAAGCCUGGCUAUCUGGCUUGCUAAGAACGGAGCCAAGCACCUGGCUAUCAUGUCCCGAAGCGGCUCCGCUGACGAGAAAUCGCUUGGAGUCAUCAAGGAUAUUGAAGCUCAGGGAUGCGCCGUAGAACUUCUCAAAGGAGAUGUUGCGGAUACUGAAGACGUGCGGCGUUGCUUGAAGUCAACAGUUGUGCCCAUCGGCGGUAUUGUUCAGGGUGCUAUGGUUCUUCGGGAUCGCAUGUUCGACUCCAUGACACAUCAAGAGUAUCACGAGGCACUUGCCUGCAAGGUCCAGGGAACCUGGAACCUUCAUACUGUGUCCCAGGAGCUCAACCUGCCACUUUCCUUCUUCACUAUGCUGUCGUCCAUCUCUGGCAUCAUUGGCCAGAAGGGACAGACCAACUACUCUGGUGGAAACACAUUCCUCGACUCUCUGGCGGUCUACCGUCGCGAUACCCUGGGACUGCCUGCGACAACCGUUAACUUGGGCAUCAUCGAGGGCAUUGGCUACCUGGCCGACCACGAUGACGUGCACAAGCAACUUACUCGCAACCUGGAUACUUGGGCCCCAAUCAACGAGGCCAAGCUUCGUCGCAUCUUUGAGUUCUCGGUGUUCCAGCAGGACCUGGACGUCACUCGCCAGCCUAGCCCGGCCAGUGUUACUCAGAUGAUCACCGGCAUGCAAAUCCCCUUGCCUGGAGACACUGAACUGUUCCGCGAUGCCCGCUUUACUGGCCUUCACAUCACUACUGGAAAGGAGGGCGAUGGAGCCAAGUCCGGUGACCGAGAUGACAAGGAGCUGCAGACGUUCCUGCUCUUGAUCAAGACCAAGGGAACCGACCCGAACGCGCUCCUUACGGCUGCCGUGGAGCUCGCAAACGCCAAGUUCACCAAGCUGCUCCGCCUCGCCGAACCCAUGGAGCCGAGCCGGCCGAUGAGCAUUUACGGUCUCGACUCGCUGGUGGCGGUCGAGUUCCGCAACUGGGCCCGUACUACGUUGAGCGUGGAGCUGUCGACGCUGGAGAUCACCAAUGCGCAGAGCCUGAUUGCGCUUUGCGAGAAGAUUGUGGCCAAGGCUGCGGCUGCCUUGGCUGCUUGA